AUGUCGGACGAAACCUACCCAAAGACAUUGUAUGUAGGCAAUCUGGAUCUGUCCGUUCAAGAAGACCUGUUGUGUACUUUAUUUUCGCAAAUCGGUCCGGUCAAAGGUUGUAAGAUAAUAAGGGAGCCUGGAAACGACCCCUAUGCUUUUGUCGAAUUCACAAAUCAUCAAUCUGCCUCGACGGCCCUAAUUGCAAUGAACAAACGCGUUUUUCUAGACAAGGAAAUGAAAGUUAAUUGGGCCACCAGUCCCGGAAAUCAACCGAAAACAGAUACCUCAAACCACCAUCACAUAUUUGUCGGCGAUCUAUCUCCUGAAAUCGAGACUGAAACACUCAGAGAGGCCUUUGCUCCUUUCGGAGAAAUUUCAAAUUGUAGAAUUGUUAGGGACCCACAAACACUAAAAUCGAAAGGCUACGCCUUCGUUUCUUUCGUAAAGAAAGCCGAAGCCGAAAAUGCUAUACAAGCCAUGAACGGACAAUGGCUUGGCUCACGUUCAAUUCGCACAAAUUGGUCCACUAGAAAACCACCACCUCCUAGAACCGAUAAACCCACUCAAAACAAGAAGCAAAUCACAUUCGACGAGGUUUACAACCAAACCUCUCCAACCAAUACCACAGUUUAUUGUGGUGGCUUUGCUUCUGGUCUCACUGAAGAUUUGGUUACCAAAACCUUUUCCCGUUUUGGUGCUAUACAAGAUAUUAGAGUAUUUAAAGACAAAGGAUAUGCUUUUAUCAAAUUUGUAACUAAAGAAAGUGCCACCCACGCCAUCGAAAACAUCCACAACACUGAAAUAAAUGGACAUGUUGUCAAGUGCUUCUGGGGCAAAGAAAAUGGAGGGUUAGGCCCAGAUGUCAAUGCUAUGAACGCCACUGGGGCGGCUGUCUCUCAGGCAGCAGCACCCAAUUAUUCUUACGGGUACGGAACCCAAUACUGGUAUCCACAAUCGGGUGGAUACGGGGCUAGUAGCACUGCUGGAGGAUACAUGCAAGGCGGAUAUCAAUAUCAGCAGCAAUAUCAAUAUCCUGCCGGCGGCCAACAGUACUGUGUCGUACCUCAACAGGGACAAUGGUCAGGACAAGGCGGACAACAACCGAACAUGGGGGUGAUGUACAAAUAUCAAUCUCAGUGA